CCCAUCCUGGCUUCCUUCCUCCGUCACGGAGGUCGUGGUCCUUUUCGUCUCUUGCUGAGAAAAAUCUCCCACAGCUAUAUUUGGAAGGGCGGCGGUAUAUAUAAAUCGAACAGAUAAAUAUAUAAUAGAAAAGCCACCCCGCUUAAAAGCCAUCAACAUCACAGGGAACUGCUUUUUUUGUUGUGAUCUCCUGAAGAGCGAGGGAGAGCCUGGUAAGCCAGGUGGCCAACCCAAGGCACGCCCCGCUGUGGUUGGACUACAACUCCCAUCAUCCUCAGCCCAAAGGAUGAUGUAACAAAAUGUUAAAUAAAAUAAAAUAAACGGCGGCCUGGGGGUGAUGGGAGUUGUAGUUCAGCCGCACCGGGGAAGCGACUAGGCGACUGUCCAGGCUCUCGUCAGAAGGCGCCUUCUGCUCCCUUUGAUACGGCUCGGCACCCCACCCUCCUCGCCAGCGAUUGGCUAGGGCGCAUUUAUAAGGCCAAUAGCGCCGGCUGUGCCCGGCAAAGGGGCGGAGCAGAGCAGCAACACCAUUGGUGUCGAUCAAGUACCUGGAGGCAUAUGCCUGGAACUAUGGAUCAUGCGAGGAAAGCAAUAUAUAAUGUGUUUGGAGGGCAGCCCCUCUCAUAUACCCGGUUCAGUCUUGCUCGGCAUCCUGACGGAGAUAAUAGCCAUGUGGAAAUGAAACUCUCUGCUGAAGAAGAGGAGGGAGGCGAAAAUGGAGUGAUUGACCAUCUGCAUACAGAGACAGUAAAACGAAAGAACACUCAGCGAAACCUCCUCUGCCUUCUUUUUGGACUACUUGCGCCCUUUCUCAUAGGGCUGCUCAUUGGCUACCUGAGUUCCCGAGGACGGGAGCCGGCCAGAAACUACUUCAAACCUGUAACAGUAACUCCAGAUGAUAUACCGGAGUUGGAACCGGAGCCUGAGCUAUACUGGGGGGACCUCAAAAAGAAACUGUCCGAGAAGCUGAGCACUGCAGACUUCCAAGCUAACAUCAGGAAAUACUUUAGUUCGUCCCAUGAAGCUGGCAGUGCAGCAGAUGAGAGCCUGGGCACCGACAUCCACAAUGAGUUUAUCAGGUUCAAGCUGGACAAAGUCUGGUAUGAUGAGCACUAUGUUCGGCUGCAGGUCCAGGGAAGCUCUCCAAAUGUUGUUUACCUGGAACACCCUGGUUUUACUGAAGCUGUGGAGCAGCCAGAUGCUUAUGUGGCAUACAGUGACAGUGCAACAGUGUCUGGCAACCCAGUUUAUGCCAAUUAUGGCCGCAAUGAAGACUUCAGUUACCUGACAAAGAGAAAUAUCAACUCUACUGGGACAGUGAUCCUUGUCAGAGCUGGAGGAAUCACUUUUGCUGAGAAGGUGGCAAAUGCCAAGAAGUGGGGUGCUGCAGCAGUCUUGAUAUUCCCUGAUCCUACUGACUACAUGGGUCUUCCAGAGAAUGUGGCGCUAUUUGGACAUGCUCACCUUGGAACUGGCGACCCUUUCACUCCUGGAUUUCCUUCUUUCAACCAUACUCAAUUCCCCCCAGUUGAAUCUUCAGGGCUCCCACGCAUUCCUGUCCAAACCAUCUCUAGCUCAGCUGCAAGGAGGAUAUUGAGCCAAAUGAAUGGGGAAGACUCUCCCGCAAAAUGGAAAGGAAACUUGCGUGUUGCAUACAAGUUGACAACUGUGGGACCCAGCAGUAUAAAGGUGAAGCUCCAGGUCAGCAACACACUUGUGGAGAAGAAAAUUCUUAACAUCUUUGGUGUGAUCAAAGGCUUGGAUGAGCCAGAUAGGUAUGUUGUGAUUGGAGCCCAGCGUGAUUCCUGGGGACUUGGAGUAGUGAAGUCUGGUGUAGGAACAGCCCUAUUACUGGAGCUUGCCCAGACACUUACUGAUAUGGUGAAAUCUGAUGGCUAUAAACCCCGAAGAAGCAUUGUAUUUGCCAGCUGGAGUGCUGGAGACUUUGGAGCUGUGGGGGCCACAGAGUGGCUGGAGGGCUAUGCUUCCUCACUGCACUUGAAGGCUUUUGCUUAUAUCAACUUGGACUCAGCAGUUUCAGGUCUAAAUGACUUCAGGUUCUCUGCCAGCCCCAUGUUGAAAAAACUGCUGGAGGAUGUGGUCUCUGGAGUGCAAAUGCCCUUCCGUGUGGGUGGCAGCUUGGCCAGCAAACAGACCCCUUUUCAGCUGGACAACGCAGGCUUUCCUUUCCUAGCAUAUUCGGGAAUACCGUCGGUUUCAUUCAGUUUCAGAGAUGAUAGCAAAGAAUAUCCCUACCUUGGCACAAAGGAAGACACUCUGGAAAACCUGCUCAGAUUGUUCAGCCCAGCUGUCCAGUUGAACAACAGGAUCCGUCUAGCUGCUGAAAUAGCUGGCCAGAUGGCUCUGAGGAUGACACACGACCAUGAACUGUACCUGGACUUCAGCAGCUAUAAUGACAUACUGCGUGCCUCCUUACAGAACUUAAUUCAAUACGUCAGAGACUUGAAGGAAAUGGGCUUGGGCCUGCAGUGGCUCUUCACGGCUCGUGGUGACUUCAGUCGAGCAACAGACACUCUGUCUAAAGAUUUCAGACACACGGACCUCACCAACAAAGAUGCCUGCCGUGCUUUGAAUGACCGGAUCAUGAAAGUGGAGUACAGCUUCCUCUCCCCAUACGUCUCUCCGAAGGACACUCCUCUCCGGCAUAUCGUCUUUGGCUCUGGUCCCCACACUCUCCAAGCAUUGCUGGGUCACCUGAGUCUCCGGAGGACCAAUAAGAGCAGCUUUGAUGAAGAAGGCUUCAAGAAUCAGCUUGCCCUAGCAACUUGGACUAUUCAGGGGGCUGCAAAUGUCCUGUCUGGUGAUGUCUGGGACAUACACAAUGAGUUUUGAAGAGGUAGAGCAGCCUUUUAAUUGAGAGGUACGGCAACGAUUAAGCGGUACGGCCACAAGGAACCUCCAUCCUUCCCCCAACCAAGAGCACAGAACAAGCCCCAGUUAGCCCUUCCGAGGACUCCUCUGAAACCCAGACUAAGAGCAAUUCAGAGGCAGUUAUAAUGCCCCGACACCAACUUAGAGGCAAGUAGAUUUCCCUCUUAAAUGUGCUACCCUCCCAACCAUGACACUGCUGUUUAGAUUGAGUUAAAUUGCUGCUGCCUUCAAAUUGGAGGAAAUCUCACUUAACAAGCCAAACAGAAGUGUCUAAAAUUGACCUCAGGCUCUGCUACUUGUAGAGGCAAAAUAUAUUAGAAUUGCAAUGUUACUUGUGAAGGCAGAAGGUGAGCCCAAAUCAUCUUAUGCUACCUUGCUAGGAGAAAAUCUGGGUGCCACCAUUCUUCCUUACCCCCACUGACCCAUGGGGUACAACCAAUAUACCUUGGCAUGGGCUCAGACAAGCAGUUAGCAAGAACAAAACCUUCUGUCUUCUCAAGAGCAAGGAGUCCUGGCGGAGCUCUUCUUUGGCUACUCGGAGUCCAAACCAAAGAUGUGACACCAGCAGUACCUUGUGUGGUCCUGCGGUACUAGUUGAAAGCUAAAGUAAUGCUCCUUCUUCAUUUGGGGAGACUUGACCCCUUGCUCUGAGGCCUUUCAGGAAACGUUGCUUGCUAGCUUGACAAAUGCUUUCUGAGACUCGGUUUGGGCUUGGGAUUGAGUUAUUUAAGUUAUUUAUUUAUCAGUGACAGUGUUCACUAUAAAUGGUAUUUGUUUUCUACUGAAUAUAAUUAUCGGAAGCAGUGACUUCCAUAAUUAUGACAGGUUAUACUGUCGUUUUUGAUAAAGCAGCAUCUGCUAGUACAAUCCAACCGUGAUACUGGAACUCUUGCAACUGGGCCUACAAUGGCCAGAAGCAGCAGCAGUUGAGAAGCUGGCUUUGGGUGGGAGGCUCUUCUCUUACGCCAAUACACUGGAGCAUGUCGUCCAAGCAAGCGUUAGCCGGUGUGGCCAUAGUCCAACAAAGGAUGGAAGAUGCCGUGCUUCACUUGACGACUUGCAGCCACUUGCAGACCCUGCAUGUUGGUCAACCUCAUCUCAUGGGCUUCCCUUCAAUCCUGCCUUCCAGUUAGCUGUAUGCUGAUGGAAACAGUUGUGGGCAUGCUAACCUGGACGUGACUCCAGAUGGCAGCUUCUUUGCAAGACUUCCAAUACCAUGAUGUAUCAUGAGAACUUAAGUUGCAUUAUCGGGAGCAGUGUCUUCCAUAAUGCUAAAAGAACAAGGUAGUUUUUGCCUACCACGGUGUUGUAUCGGAGGCAGUGACCUCCAUAUGUUGCACUAAGGGUGUGUUAAUUAUCGGGGACAGUGUUUCCCAUAAUUGUUCUUAAAUGCUCACCAUGCAAUAACAUCUGCAGAGCACGGUCGUUAGUAUCUAACCUGUAUAUUUAAACUUCUGCAAUUCUCUUGACUGGCCUCACUUCAUGCUGGCUGGAAUAACUUGAGUGGCUCAUAUUGCAGUAAGACUGAGGCAAAGGUGAAUUGCAGUGGUUGCUGAGACCUGGCAGAAAACUCCAAAGAGCAGUGGGUGUCUGCUGGCUCUUGCAAAACCUGUCCCUCUUCUCUUUGCUACUCAAUUGGCUUCUUCAACGUGGUCUCGGGCUCUUACACUCUGGGCUUUGCAUGUGCAGAGACCACGUUGGAGACUUCCAAGCUACACUCUUGCUUUUCGGCGGGGAACCCCACCCCAGCUUGCAUGGGCAGUCUAAAUCGGUUGCCCUUAUUUAAACAAACAAACAAACUGCUGUAGUGUAACUGCUGAUCUGUCUUCUAGGAAAAACCUUGCUUAGAGCUUUGGGAAUAGGUCCUUUAAAAGACUUCCUUUGGAUGAGAAAUCUACAUAGUGUAGCUCUAAGAUUCAUUCUGUAGCCUCUUUAACACUCAUAGAGGUGCAUUCUGUGUUGCAUAUAGACAUGAAGCCACUGGUCAGAAGUAAGACAGUUUUCUGAAAUGGCAUAAUGAGGUUCCAAGCUUGGAUGUGUCAUAAUGUUUGUACUAGAGAAAUCUUGACCGUCUGGAGAAGUGGAUAGAAAUGAUCACAGCUCCAUGUCCAUAAUGCUUCCAAGCUUCCCUCCACAUUAGAAACUUAAGUAAAUCUCCUUUGCAUUUCAAAGUUGUGUGAGUGAAAAGAUGUAGCUGUAGUAGUCUUCCUGUGCGUGAUUUUCCUUGUAUUUUGUGAGGCAAAUAAAUGCCACAGCUUUCCAGUGGUGGUGAAAUUAAUGAGUGGUGUUCCAGUAGUAGUGCAUGUGUCUUGAAUGGGAAAUAAAAACAUAGAAAUAGUUGCUGGAUUGUAUGGUCUGAAUCUGUCUUGCACAAGCCAUAAGAGUCUGUAAAGCUGUUCGUGCUUUUGUGCUGAUUUGAUCUGGAAGUGGGGACUACAAUUUUGCUGUAACUGCUGAUUGAAGAAAUUAAUAAUAAUAAAAAAGUUGACUGCUUCUCUUUGA